UCCUCCCAACCCCGCCGACCAAUAUUUCUAUAUAAACAGUCUGUUUAUCUCUCACUUAAAACUAAACCUCAUCCUUUCAAAACAAAGACCAGAUUGCUUUUUCAUCUUUGGUUCCCUUUUCCUACUACUCUCCAUUAAAUAUACCAGGUGGCAAAAAAAGCAUCAAAUAUAUAACUACACCUAUAUUCCAUUAGAAUAUCACUUCGACUCUUAUUAUCAAAAGAGCGACGUCGAUCCGUUCUCCCUCAAAACAAAGAGCAUCAUGGCCGCUACCUCGCCCCCAGCCAAGAGCGGCCUCACCAUCAACAGCAUCCAGAUGGGCAGACUGCACCAUAAGAACGCUAUUGUCACCGGCGCUGCAGGUGGCAUCGGUCUAGAGACCUCCAUCCUCUUCGCCAAGGAGGGCGCCAACGUCCUCAUGGCUGAUAUCUCCGAGACGGCCCUUGAGAAGGCAGUCGAGAAGCUGCGCCAGCUCGUGCCCUCCGUCCACCGCGUUGAAGUCCGUGUCUGCGACGUCUCAAAGGAAGCCGACGUGGAAGCUCUCGUCGAGCAACUCGACACCUGGGGCGGCGUGGACAUCAUGUUCAACAACGCCGGUAUCAUGCACGCGCUUGACGCCGACGCUGUUGACACUCCCGAAGCUGUGUGGGACCUUACUCAAGCCAUCAACGUCAAGGGCGUCUGGUUCGGAUGCAAGCACGCUGUGCUCUCUCUGCGCCGCCACAACAAGGCCUCCGGCUCCAUCAUCAACACCGCCUCCGUCGUCGCGCUCGUCGGCUCCGCCACUCCCCAACUCGCCUACACGGCAUCCAAGGGCGCGGUUCUAGCGCUCACGCGUGAGCUGGCUAUCGUGCACGCCCGCGACGGGUACAGAUUCAACGCACUCUGUCCGGCACCGCUGAACACGCCACUGCUUCAGGAUUGGCUCGGUGACGACAAGGAGAAGCGCCAACGCCGUGAAGUGCACUUCCCAUCUGGCCGAUUUGGAGAGGCCGUGGAGCAGGCGCAUGCGGUGCUGUUCCUGGCGAGCGACGAGAGCAGCUUUAUUAAUGGGCAGGACUUUGUCGUGGAUGGUGGGAUGACGAAGGCGUAUGUUACCCCUGAGGGACCGGCGAGGGCUGGCCCGAAGAACAAUGCUCUGUUGAGUGAGCAAGUGGAUGCUAUUCGCGGGACUGGUAUUGCGGAUGCUUAAGAGAAGAAGACAAUGCUGUUUUUGUUAUACAUGACGCAGUAACGGGGAUAGGGAUAUGGGAAUUGUGGAGUUGGUCGUUGGAUAACGAUGCAGGAAGACAGUCACUGCGCAUUUUGGUUUCUCACCGUGCCGCGAUUUUGCGGAUAUUUUAAACGGGCUAAGGGAUUGCGGGCGCCUCCGUUUUGGUUUCUGAUGAAUGCAUCGUUUUCACCUAGAUACCUAGAUACCUAGAUAGAGAAAUUGGUUCUAAAGAAUACGUGGACCAGCUCGUGUAAGGAAUAUUGCUUUCCCCACGUCAAAAAUUAUAGUCUAACCCAGACUCACCUUUUAGCUCAUUCUCUACCUUCCCAUGCGCGCGCUCAAACAAUCGUAAACCGCUCCUUCCGUCCCCAGUCUUUAAGAACCACCCGAUCGAAUUCAUUGUAGUGAAUCAUCCUCUCAAAAACCAACUUACCCACCCCCACCUUCCUCAGCACAAGAAACAUCCUCGACUCAUAAACACCAACCACCACCAUCUCCACCCCAUCCCUCCGCCCAGCCUGUAACUCCCCCAAAACAUCCUCCGUAUCCGGAUAAAAAAACCCAUUCGUCUUCCCCACCGUCCCAUCGGCCUUUUUAGUCUCCAUCCUAAAAGGAAAAUGCCACUCCGACCCCCCCGUCAACCAAACCCUGACAUCACAAGA